AUGGCAAAAUCUUCACUACUACUAUUGAUCAUAAUUACCCUCUUCAUAGUAGUGUUACAAGCUGUGUUUGCAUCACAUUCAUUUUCUUAUCCUCUCUCAAUCAACAAUAAAAGGAUUGUUGAAGAAAAGACAGGGCAACGUGUGAAGCUAAGAUGUGCGAAUUGGCCAUCACACAUGAGUGUAAUGUUGGCAGAGGGUUUGAACAAACAAACUCUAAGCAACAUUGUCACUCACAUUUCUUCUUUCGGCCUCAAUUGCAUUCGUCUCACUUGGCCAACCUUCAUGUUCACUCGUUACUUUAACCAAACCAUUUUACAAACCCUUGAUGAUUUGAAAUUGGAAGAGAUCAAAUUAGGGAUCAUGAAGUAUAACAAUGAUUUCUUGAACAUGACUCAUCCUCAAGCCUAUGCUUUUGUUGUUAAACAACUUUUCAGUGCCAACAUUAUGGUUGUCGCCGACAACCACGUCAGCAAGCCGAGAUGGUGUUGCGACAGCGACGACGGCAAUGGUUUCUUUGGAGACUCAAGUUUUGAUCCUGAUGAGUGGGUGCAAGGACACACUUUGGCAGCUCAAUUUUUCAAGAAUUUAUCUAAUAUCGUUGCAAUAAGUUUGCGGAAUGAACUUCGUGGGCCGAAUCAAAAUGUGGCAGCUUGGUACAGUAACAUGAGACGAGCAGCAUUAGCCAUUCACCACCAAAACCCAAACGUGUUGAUGAUCUUCUCAGGUUUUUACUACGCAUCCGAUCUCAGAUUCUUGAAGGAAACUCCAUUGAACGUAGAACCAAGGAACAAGGUUGUGUUUGAGGCACAUAACUACCCUUAUUGGAACCCUAACUGGGGCAAUAAAUCAGCAAAUUCUGUGUGUGCUUCAGUGAAGAGUGAUCUAGAAGAAAAUGUCGGUUUUGUCCUUAGUGAUGAUGAUUACGAUUCACCUUUGUUCAUAAGUGAGUUUGGGAUGGAUUUGAUUGCAAAACCACAGAGUGAUGAGAGAUGGUUGACUUGCAUGUUGACUUUCCUUGCUGAGAGAGACAUUGAUUGGUGUUGGUGGGGAUUGCAAGGUAGCUAUUAUUUGAGACAAGGGAAAGUUGAUGCUCCUGAAGUUUAUGGUUUAAACAACUUCUAUUGGAAUGGAACAACUUACCCUCAAUUCCGUAAGAGAUUUCAGUUAUUGCUAAACACACUUCAAGAUCCAUCUUCAAAGGCACCAUAUUCCCACAUCUUGUAUCACCCACAAAGUGGGCUAUGUGUGAAAGCUGAUCAAAACUACAACCAAAUUGAACUUGGUGAUUGUAAAAAAGCAAGUGGGUGGAAUCAAGAGGGAGACAAGAUCAAAUUGAAUGGAGAUCAUUGUUUGAAAUCUCUUGGAACAGAAGGUGAUCCUGCUGUUGUCUCAUCUGAUUGCUCAUCAUCAAGUGACUUAUGUAGUUCUUGGAAGUUCAUAUCUGAUUCUGGUUUGCAUUUACAACACAACAAUACUGGAUUGUGCUUAGACAAAGAUAGAAACUCAUCAAUAUUAGUCACAAAUAAAUGCAUUUGUGUUGGAGAUGAUACUGGGUGUUUGGAUAAUCCCCAGAGUCAAUGGUUUCAACUGGUUCCAACAAAUGUUGAAUAA